ACCCUUGGUUCACAAAAUUGUCAAAGGCGUUUCUGUUUCUGCAAUUAAUCCUUGACUCCGGGGAAAGGGAAUAAGGAUAAAAUGGCGAAGAUAUCAUUUGUUUUGGUAUUUGCAUUUGUGUUGUUGGCUCUGCCAUUAUGUUCAGUUUUGGGCCAAGAAGAUUGGAAGGAUCUCCUGGACCAAGGAGGGUUCUCUCAAGAUUCUUUGAAAAAGGCCCAGAUGGCUUUUGGUGCUGCUUCUGCCCAAGCAGCUGUCAAUGAUUAUUUUGGAGGUGACGACUCUCCUCAGGAAGCCGAUGAUGGAGAAGCUUCAUCCUUGGCUGACUUUUUAGACGCUGACGAAAUAACAAACAACAACCCCAUAGAUUCACCGGUUGGAGCACCAGAAGAUUUACCUGUAGAUGACAUUGACGAUCCGGAUGAUUCUUUCUCACCUGCUGGUGCACCACUAAAUUCGCCCAAUGAAGCACCAAGCAAUGCACCAGUGGUAGCACCAGCAAGUGGUGCACCAAUAGAAGCACCUGAAUUGGCACCAACAACAAAUGCACCUGGACAAGCGCCUACAGAUGAAGAGGAUGAGGAAGAUGAAUUGACACCUACAAAUGCACCUACCGAGGAACCAGAUGAUGAAGACGAGUUUGAUGACUCUCCAUCAGAACCUCCCACAGAGACGCCUGAAGCGGAACCCGCAGACGAGAGUGAUGAUGAAUCAUAAGAUGGCAAUGCCAUACUAAUUGAUUUUUAUUGACAUAGAUAUUUAUAUAUAUUCCUUUGACACUUAAAAUUAUUUUCGAGGGAGAUAAUAUCUACUUUCACACUUAGAAUGCAACACUCAUAAUUUGUUGUCACCCUUCAACAAAUGUGCCUAAAAAAUGAGCUUGUUUUAUCACUUAGUUAUUGUAAUAAAUGUGCCUAAUUUCUAUCUCCAUAUCGUCCCUACUUGAA